AUGGAGCCAUCAACUGAAUUAUUUGAUUAUUUCAAUCUAAAUCCAAUUGAUCCAAUAGUCAAUCGAUUCCGGAGCAACAUUGACGAGGGCCGCAACCAAAAAACUGUUAAUCACGCCGAUGAGAUUGAAAACCACACUAGCAAAAAGGCUUUCAAGAUUUAUCUUAAUGCAACUAAUACAAAACUUAUAUGCGACGAAGUUUCUGUCUCCGACUUCAGGGACUUAACUGCAUCGAUCAAGAAACAGGUGAGCGACCGAGAAAUUUUGAAAACCGUCAUCAAUAUAGCAAAAGAACUUAGCAAUGAACUUGAUCCAAUUGCUUUGAUGCGACCUGUACAUUCGACGGUCACUAGACUGAAGAAGACUGGAGAAGUUCCAGGAUAUGACAAGACAACAGCUUCACUUACAGAUGCGCUCAAAUCUGAAACCUCGGGCAAGAUAUACAGAGAUGUCGCUGAAUUCUGGGAAGCCAACUUCAUAACAAAUAAACCAUGGUGUGGGCUAGUGAACCGUAUAUGGGCUAGCUAUCGCGAUAAUGGCCAAUGCGGAAGUGACAACGCUUUCUCGUCAAACAUGGACGAGGAUGCUUGGAGAAGAUGGCUACAUGCAUUUCGAGAUCGAUAUCUGAUUCAAUUAAUGAAAGAAGAAGACUUCACGGAAGUCCAUCAACCUGCCGUGAAAAGAAGGCGAAAUGAUCCACUCGUGCGGAGUAAAUUUUGCCACAAUACAAUACCUAGUCAAUUUAAGGGCGGGAAAAGUAAUAGGAAAUUGGACUUUUUCAUCGAGAGUUCCGAAAUCCCUGAUUGUGAGACUCACAAAUGGACAGAUGUGAGAGUUGUGGGCGAAGUAACAUCAUCAGAGGAACAAAUAGGCGCAAAGUUCAAUCAGCUGAUGAGAUACGCGCGAGAAAUUUUCUAUUCGCAGCCGUUGCGUCGAUUUGUGCAUGGUUUCUGUUUGCACAAAGACCACAUCGAGUUCUGGAUUAUUGAUCGAGCAGGCGCGUACAGCUCUGGAGAAUUCGAGGUACUGAAAACCCAGGAAAUGCUAGUGCGAGGGUUGUCGGCAUACAUGCUCAUGAGUGAUGAAGAACUCGGGCUGGACCCAGUCAUUAGCUACGACGACGCUAACCGAUGUUUCGUGACAUUAACAAAUGACAAUAGCGAAACUGAAAAACUUGAGGUGAUUCCUACGCCUGUUGCUCGACCCGAGACGAUAGUCUCGCGAGGAAGCACCUGCUUCAAGACGAAAGACGAAAAGUAUCUGAUCAAGUUUUCUUGGGGCACCGGUGCAAAAGAUAAUGAAAUCAAAUUUCUCAAUCGUGCCAAAAAUUUAACAGGCGUUAUCCAGAUAGUGAGUUCAGGGAAACUCUAUAAAGUUGCAACACACCGAAAAGGUAUAAAAUUCUCGAAGGAUAAAUUAUGGAUCUUUAUAGCCAAAGACCAAGUCCUCGCCCGCGGCAAACAGGAGACAAUUUUGAAUGAUGAACUUUACGUGAAACGUAGACUAACCUAUGUCAAACUUACGCCGGUCGGACGCCUCAUUCACUCUGCCGUAACGGUUCGGGAGUUUGGUAAGACGAAAGGAAUUCUGAUAGAUUUGGACAUGUCUUCUUUACAUGAGAACGAAAACGAGAAGAAUUUGCCCAGAACAAUAACAGGUACUCCUAUGUAUAUGGCGUUGGAGCUUUUGCGAGCCAUAUAUCAAAAAAAGUUAAAUCUGAAGCAAACAUAUCGUCAUGAUCUCGAAUCUUGUUUUUACGUUCUCAUAGUCGGAUGCAUGACCUACGGUGCCAAAUCAAUGCCGUUUCAAGGUGUUAAGGAGUUGGCCAGGAAUCUUCACGAAAUUCUGUUCGGAAAUAAAGAUAUUGAAUUUGGGUCACCAAAAGAUCCGAAUAUACUAUAUAAUCCCAUAAUUGAAGCUUUUGAUGAAAGUAUUUCGAAACUUGAAGGUAAGAAAGAUUUUCCAUCGAUCACGAAUUGCUUUUCAGCUCUAGUAUAA